UCCACUGUCCGCUGACUGUUGUUAUCAGCAGUAAUGAGAAUCUCGCUCGCAAACAAUAUUCAAUCACUGCGCAGCGUAUUUGUGGACGCGCCGCUAAGCACUUUGUCUGUCCAAUUCAGUUUAUGCACGAAUUUUCAACGCGCACGUGGUGUUCUUACGGCCGAAAUUUCAAAUUUUUAAUUUUUCGUCUGCGAGUUCGUUUUUAUAGCGUUAAUAAAUUAAAAAUUAAAAAUAUUUGUAUAAAAUAAAUUAAUAUAAAUAAGAAUUUCAGCGCACAUAAAAAAAAACCAAAAAAAUUGUGUAAGUGACUGGUGCAGUGUGAAAGUGUUAAAACUUUGAUAGUUGCUGUUGCCUCUCUUCGAAUACUUCCUGCUUUCCUCAAAGCCCAUGCAACCACCUUGACAACAAGUGUCCUCCAAAAACUUCCGGCUGAUAUACAAGUGUAAAUAAAACGCGAGGAGGAAGUAUACACCGUGAUAAGUGCAACACCAACAAUAAAAAGUCAUAGGAAAAAUCAACAGAAAUUAUUUUUCUUAAAAAAAGGCGCAGAAAAACUUAGUAAAGCAAUGUCAAAUUGGCAAGCGAUUGCAUCGAGCAGAGAGUAGUAAUUGCAUUUUGAGUAGCACGCGGUGGAAAUUGAACAAUUGCCAGCCACAACAGCAGCAGCAUCAACAACAGCACCGCCAAUUGAGUGCAAAUUGCGUGCCAACAACACGUUGCACAGACAACCAGCCAUCACUUGCAGUUUUAACGGUUUAAUUUUAAAUACAUACUGCUGGUGAGGAGCAAAAGCAACAGACUGAUUUGAAAGGCGCUUCCUUGCGCUUUCACCAAACCAAAGGCAAGAGCUUAACUGCACGCAAACACAAAGACACAUUCCAAUCGCUGAUUUCUUCCUUAAGUAGUUCGUACUAAACACAAAUAUGGUGCAUGCACCGGCACGUAAAAAUAAUAAAAACUCAAAUGGCAAUUGUGAUUUGGUGGAGGAUGUACUGACACCGGUGCCACCAGAUGGCGGCUGGGGUUGGAUGGUCGUUUUUGGAUCGUUUAUGAUACACAUCAUCACCGAUGGCAUGACAUAUUCGUUUGGUCUCUUUUAUGAUGAGUUCCUUACCUACUUCAAUGAAGGUUCAGGCUAUACGGCCUGGAUCGUGUCCAUUAUGGUGGGCGUUACAUAUGCGUCAGGUCCCAUCUCGUCAUCGUUUGUCAAUCGCUACGGCUGCCGAGCGGUCACCAUAGCCGGCGCAAUAUUUGCCGCCGCCUGCAUUGUGGCCAGUAUCUUCGCGCAGAAUGUGCUCACACUCAUAUUUACAAUUGGUAUUGGCACAGGUUUCGGACUGGGUCUCAUCUAUCUGCCAGCCAUUGUAAGUGUGACGACGUGGUUUGAGGCGAGACGUUCGCUUGCCACCGGCAUUGCCGUGUGUGGUUCCGGUUUCGGUACAUUCGUAUUUGCGCCGCUCACCGAACAUCUGAUCGGUUCGUUCGGUUGGCGUGGCGCUAUGCUCAUCAUCGGCGGUAUUGUGCUGAAUUGUAUACUAUUCGGUGCGCUCUUCCGACCCUUGGAACCGCCAAAACCUUCGAAAGCGCAGAAAGGUGAUAUUAUCGACAAUAAUACAACAAUUGCUGAGCUGAAGCCAUUGAAGUCGGGCAAACCGGAGGGUGAUCAAUAUUUACAGUUGCCGCAACGUGCCGACGCGGCUUUGUGUCGCUCGAACAGCGUGGGACACGGCUUCAAUAGCAACAAUUUGCGACAGCAGCUGCGUCCCUCGUUGGCGCAUUGCCGGAUGCUCUCGCUCGACUUGACCAUGCUGUUAGCGCAAGUAAAAUGUAGUUCGUUCCCAACACUUAACGCUGAUUCCCAAACAAUCGAAACAGACCUUACUGCACUCCUGUUAUAUACAAAUAACAAUCAGGCUGUGAGCAAUGGCGCUAAUGGCAAGAUCGCAGCUUCAACAAUCACACAAAGCACGAGCAGCACGGAUAUGGUGCGUCAUCGCAGUCAGCCGCAUUUAGAUCAGUUGACGCCACCGCAUGAGAAUUGGGGCAGUGGCACCAUGUAUCGGCCGGAUAUCUUGUAUCAGGGCUCCAUCCUCAACAUACCGGAGUAUACAGCCUCACGUCAAGAUCUUUCUAGCACCGGCAUGAUGAAGCGUUAUGGUUCGGUGCGCCACAGUGUGCGCGGCAGUCAAAAUGAUGUAAGAAUAAAAUGUUGCGGCUGCAUCAGCUGCUCCCAAGAGACCCACGACACUUUCGUCGAAAUGAUGAAUUUCUCGUUGCUAAAAGAUGCCGUCUUCAUGGUGUUUGCACUGUCGAACUUCUUCACCAGCAUCGGCUUCAAUGUGCCCUACAUUUACAUAGUGGCCCAAGCCAAAACGCUCGACAUCAGCAGCGCACAGUCCAGUUACCUGAUUGCCACAAUCGGUGUGGCCAACACCGUGGGUCGCAUAGUGCUCGGCUACUUGGCGGACAAGCCAUGGGUCAACCGUUUGUGGGUGUACAAUGCCUGUCUGACAGUGUGCGGCAUCUGCACUGCGCUAUCACCGCUCUGCAGCGGCUUUUAUACGCUCGCUGCUUAUUGUGCCGCUUUCGGUUUCACCAUCGGCGCCUACGUGGGCCUAACCUCGGUGAUAUUGGUCGAUCUGCUCGGCUUGGAGAAACUGACUAACGCUUUCGGCUUGCUGCUACUCUUCCAGGGUAUCGCCUCAUUCAUAGGGCCACCAAUUGGCGGCUGGAUGUAUGACAUCACCAAUUCAUAUGGGCCCGCCUUCCUCAUGGCCGGCAUCACAAUCGCCAUCAGCGGUCUUAUGCUCUUCGUCAUUCCACCACUGCAAAGGCACCUCGAGUCCAAGGCUAAGCAGAAACAGCAGAUCACCGUUACGCGCAGUUAAUGUGGUCCCACGUCCCCGAGACCUAGCCGGACGUAAGUGCUUUCUGCCAGUCCGAGCAAGUUGGCUGCGAUUUUUUGAAUGUUUUUCAUUUGCUUAGCGGUUUUUUAAGACUUCUUUAUAAGUUAGUAUAGUAUAUCUAUGUAUAUACAUAUGUUUAUAUGUAUGAAAUGCAAAUAGCUGUAAUUUACUAUAUAGCAAUGUAUAUAUGCACACACAUACAAACACAUACAUAUGUAGUUAUGUUUGUGCAGGAAGUGACCUUUGCGGCGCAACACAAAAAUAGGGAAACAAUUCUGCCUUUAAUAUUUAUGUAAUAUGUAGUACAUAUGUAAUCUGUAAUAUAUUCAUAUGUAUGUCUGCAUAACUGUAAAUUUUAUAAAUUACACGUAAGUAAGAAAUUACACACACAUACAUACAUAUGUACCUACUAGGAUCUUCAAAUUUACUUUAACUGCUAGCAACUUGCCGUUGAAAGUGCAAUGAAUUUAGUCAUAUUUUACUAUUGUUGUUGUUGUAAGCUUAUAAGCAAAACUGUCAUAAAAACAUAUGAAUCUUACAAAAACAUAUGUAAGCGCAGCACCUGAAGAAUUUAAUAUUUCUAAGUGUUAAAAUACUAUUUUUAUUAAAAUCUUGGCGAAAAUUAUAAUUUUCUUCAAAAAAAAAAUUAGAAAAAGUGUAACAAAAAUAUUCAACAGAACUAUAAGUAUAAACGCUCAGGUUUACAUAUCAAAUGCUCAAACUGAAUGUAUAAGAAUUAUUAACGGUAUUCAUAAAUUGUUAUCAAAUACAAAAUAUAUAUAUUAAGCUUCCAUAUCUAAUAUUAAAAUCAACUGCUCAACAUAAAAAAA